AUGUUCCUUUGGAGGUGGGAACACUCUAGAUUGUUGUAGUCUAGAACCCUCCAUUUGAGGAGGUUAGGAAUUUUCUAGAGAAGCAUGUAAGUAGGAUGGAGCACUAUAAAUAGGCUCCAAGGCUCAUUUGUACAUUUAAGUUGGGAGAUCAACAAGUUAAGAGCUAUAAGUUGAGAGCAAUACAAAAAGCCUUUCUUAAGCACUUGUGUUCUCUUGCAACUCAAUCCUUUCCUUCCAACACCUAGAGAGUGUGAGGAAAACUAAGGCACGAGGGUGCCAAGUGAGUGAUCGGGCAUACCAGCAAGGGUGAUAGCUUGGGUGCUCAAUUGUCUACGACACUUAGUCGUAAAUUCGGACUAAGGCACUAAGGGUGAGUGCUUAGUUCAACUAAAGGGGACUUGUUAGCAUAAAGGGAUCGUACUAGCAAACUUAUACUAACAGCACAAGGAGUUGUGCUACGUGGGCACAAGGAGUUAGUGCCAAGGAGAAAGCCUGACUCGGCUUACGACGGACUGUAAGCGGGUGGCGCACGGUGCGUGACUAGGGCAAAGCAGUCGGCACGUGACAAUAUGCUCUUCAUCUUGUCAUACUGUCUUAUGAGUCGAUGACUUGGUGGUUCACUGGACCAGGCAGGGUAUCAAAUCAAAAGGCAUAAAUAAUGUUCCAACAUUGCACACCACCCUUUUUUUUCCUACAAAGACUUUGACAAAUACGACUUUACCAUUAUACAAUCAACGGUUUAGACGGGUCGUUUAGAGAAUUGUCAAACGUCAUCUAUAUUACAUAACAUUGAUUGGUCUAGAGAAGGAUCGAUGCUACUCUCAAUUUAUGGACUAAAGGUCAAUCAGAAACAACUUUCUUAUGUACCAAAAAGAUUUACUAACAUACUCAGUACUCGAGUAUUGAGAUAAUGUUAAUGUUCACGUUGAUCAUGUCCUUUAUUGUGCAUAGAAUGGCCCUGAUUCUUUUGCUUUUUCAGCCAUAAAUUCAUGGGCCUAAUAAUUGGAAUUCAUGUAAAGCCCUAAACCUCCCACAUUGAAUGGUAUAAAAGCCUUUUCACCACCUGCGACAGUGUACUAACAACAGCUAGAUCUCAAGCAUUUAGCGUGGGAGAAGGAAGUAGGGUAUCAAUUUUGAUUAGUACUCGUACUAAUAUUGACGUUUUGCUUUAGCACGUGGCCAAAUUUCCUUUGUUCUUAUUCUUUGAUUUAAUUUUCCCCUUACUUCUAUAACUAGGGUCCAAUAUGACAGAGCUCAAUCAUGUUAGUGACAGUACAUUGGAAGUUUUAUACGGUGUAUUACUAAAGCACAAAACUAACUAUUUAUGUUUAAACAUAGAGAAUUGUUUUAAUAUCUAAAUUAGGAUUAUAAAACACACUCUUAACCUAUAUGCUACAGAGUACGACCUAAAGAUAAACUGAUAUUCUACAUGAUUAUAGUCACUUAUACUAUAUUGGGAAGUUUUACUCAAUUGAAGGGAAAUCCCUCAAAUAAUUCCUAUAAGAUUUGAUCCUAAACCACAUGAGGUGGAAAGCAAUAUUACUACUCCAACACCACAACUUCAUAUUGGGAAAUUCGAUAUGGAUGGCCAUUUUCAUAGAAUCAUGGUUUAUGACUGUUCGAUUGAUGGUAAAACAUGAUGAUGAGGGUUAUCUCAUAAUCAAAGGGAAUGAAUGAAUCAGCAAAGGUCAAGGAAAAGUUUAGAAGCUCUAGGCAUAAAAACAGGAGAUUGCCGCCCCACUGAAAGUAUACAAGGAAUACUAUGAAGAAGUGAUCCCGAAGCAUUUAAUGACUAAAGAAAGAAUAACUAAAUGAGAAAAAAAAAAGAAAGAGACAAAUUAGUUUUUUAAAGAAUAUUUUACACAGCAAGGACGAAUAAACUUUAUUUAAUUUUCGAUUUUAGCAGUUCUACCAACCAAGCAAAAUUGCUUCUUUAAAUAUUUUAGCACUAUCUUCUCACUAUCUUCCUUUCAUUGUAGAAAAACAAGAAAAAGAAACAAAUUUAAUAAAAAAAAAAAAAAAAAGUAGAUUCUCUUCCUUUUUCCACUUGGCAGUAGAUCUCUCUUUAGAACAGCAAAUCAGCAAUCCCACUAAUCUACGCUAGAUCAGUAACAAAAAUCAUGAAAUGUUUAACUUUAAAAAUUGAGGAUGUGACAUAAAGAGUAAUAUUAAUGAAAUUGAUCCAAAUUAAGUUUAUAAAAAAUGUGUUCCAUAAUACUUGACACAUUUCCCAUUUUCGUCCGUUUUAUAAUACUUAACACGUAUUAAAUAUAAAAUGAGACCACUAAUAAAAAAAUAGUUUCCUACAUUUUCUUUCUCCUCACCUAUCCCACUCCCACCCCACUUGUUGCUAUCUUGUAAUAUAAAAAUACAAAAAAGAAUCUUUUAUAUAAUAAACAAAUGUUUUAAAUAGACCUAUUUGUAAUUUUCUUAAACUACGUAUCCAACCUAACGUCCCAAGUAUUAUAGGACGACCUUGGGACGGAAGGAGUAAUCAAUUUAGAAAUCCAGUUUGGAGUACUCGUAUUAAAUAAUGUGUCUACUUUUUUAGUUUUUUACUCUGUAUGAUUUAAAAUAAUACAAGUAUACGAGUACAUGAUUAUUACUCCGUAUAUUUUUAGACCGAGAUUUAGAUGCUUAUUAAUUUAAAAAAGAAAAGGAGAAAAAAAAAAGGGUUGCGGCUAAGUUGAUGACAUCAUUUCACUUCAGUACAGAGUUCUGGGCAUCCAGAUCUUGCAGCCUAAAGAAGGUUCCCUCCACACACACUCUUUUCUCUUUCUCUCUCUCUCUUCUUUCUCCACAAACCGAGAUUAUUGGAAAGCCAAAUAGCCAAUGAAUUUAGACAUGAAUUGGUGGGAUAAUAUACACAUAAUAAAACAAUCCUACCAAAAUUCACAAUGAAAAACCAUUCUUUAAACUUGAUAUUGAUCAUUUCACUAACCUUAUCUGUUGUAGCCAAUGGUGAGAAAUUAAGGAAUGUUGAAGUCAUCAGAAGAAUCCUGCAUCAACCAUUGUUCCCAGAAAGCUCAUCGCCUCCGCCUGGACUCGAUGAUUCGUCAUCAUUGGCACCACCUCCGCCUUUAGCUGAUAAUUCCGGGGACACGCCGGACCAACCCUUCUUCCCGGAGGUGCCAGCAGGGUCAACCCCAACUCAGAACCCACCACCUCCACCUCCUGUAGCGUCAAAUGGGGUAAGUCCGAUACCAACUGCAACACAGCCAGCUGCAAAACCUACCAAGAAAGUGGCAAUUGCAGUCUCAGUGGUAAUAGUAACAUUAGGAAUGCUAUCAGCAUUGGCAUUCUUCUUGUAUAAACACAGGGUGAAGAACCCUGUUGAGACUCAGAAGUUGGUUGGUGGUGGUGGCGGUGGCCGUGGUGUGAAUAACUCGACGAGGCAUACAGAAGAACCAAGAGUGCCCCCUUCAAAUUUCCUGUAUAUAGGGACAGUAGAGCCUUCAAAUCAGAGAUCAGUACCAGUCAAUGAGAAUAACAUAGCCAAUGGAUCACCUUACCAUAAGCUGAAUAAUAGUAAUAGUAUUAAUAAUGAUAGUUCAAUGAAGAGGUCAGAUCGAUAUAGGCCUAGUCCUGAUUUGCAGCCAUUGCCGCCGUUGAAUAGAGCUCCUCCAAGGAGUGUGCCACAGAGGGGUUCCCCAACGGCUACUAUGUCUUCUUCUGAUGAGGACAGAAGUGAUACUCUGUUUUAUACUCCAUACGGCUCAAUUCAUGGCUCGAUUCAUGGCUCGGUUGCUAGUGGUGAUGAUGGGUAUUGGACUCAAGCUACACGUUCAAAUAGUAGAACCAAUGGUGGAAGUUCCUUCCCUCAUUCUAGGAGGACUUCACCUAAAUCAAGGGGUUUAGCUUCAUCAUCUCCUGAUGUUAUCAAGCAUGCUAUCAUUCCAUCCAUUAAGGCCACUGCCCCACCUCCGCCCCCUCCACUACCACCCCCGCCACGAGCAGAGAUGGAGUCAGAUUAUGAAAAGGAGUAUGAGACUCAAGGAAAGGAGGAAACAAGGUCAAAUAUACCCAAGAGGGCUAAAUUUGCUGCUCCUCCACCACCACCGAAUUUAGCACUCCUCCGAAAAUUCAGCAGUAGUAGUCCAUUUCAUCAGAAUGCUAAUCCACCACCUCCACCACCACCUCCUCCUCCGCCACCACCCCCUCCACCACCACCUGCUCCACGGGCACAAUCACUGACACCGAAGAAAGUAUCUAAUAAGAUGGAAAAUGGGUCUACAGGGGCUUCUCAAGUUUCACCGAAGGCACAAUUGGAAAGUCCUAACUCAAGAGAUGGCCUAAGAAAAGAAACAAUAAAAACAGGUGAAGAGCUUGAUAAUGGAUGCAGUUCUACUGGAAGGCCUAAUGGAGACGACUUAGAUGAAAGAAGACCAAGGCUGAAGCCCUUGCAUUGGGAUAAAGUAAGGGCAACCUCGGAUCGAGCUACCGUGUGGGACCAGCUGAAAUCAAGCUCCUUUCAGUUAAAUGAGGAUAUGAUGGAGAGUUUAUUUGGCUGCAAUACGGCCCCUACGACGGUUAAGAAAGAGACAGGUAGAAGAUCAGUUCUCCCUCCAGUUGAGAAAGAGAACCGUGUUUUAGACCCAAAGAAGUCCCAGAACAUUGCCAUUUUAUUAAGAGCAUUGAAUGUGACUCGGGAUGAGGUUGCUGAAGCACUUAUGGAUGGCAAUUUAGAAGGCUUGGGUGCGGAGCUUUUUGAGACAUUGGUCAAGAUGGCACCUACGAAGGAAGAAGAAAUAAAACUAAAAGACUACAAUGGCGACAUCUCAAAAUUAGGUGCUGCUGAGAGAUUUCUCAAGGGUAUACUUGAGAUACCAUUUGCCUUCAAAAGAGUUGAAGCUAUGAUUUACAGAGCUAACUUUGACUCAGAAGUGAAGUACCUAACAAAGUCAUUUGAAACCCUUGAGGUAGCAAGUGAUGAAUUGAAAAGUAGCAGACUCUUCCUUAAACUCCUCGAAGCUGUUCUGCAAACAGGGAACAGAAUGAAUGCAGGAACAAAUCGUGGAGAUGUGAAGGCCUUUAAACUUGAUACACUCCUAAAAUUAGUAGACAUCAAGGGAACAGAUGGAAAGACCACAUUGCUCCACUUUGUCGUCCAAGAAAUCAUAAAGUCUGUAGGCAUUGGCUCUGAUGUCAAUCCUCAGACAGCUGAUCAAUUGAGCUCCACAAAGAAGGAAGAAGCGUUCAGGAAGCAAGGAUUGCAGAUUGUGUCAGGACUAAGUAGAGAGCUAGGAAGUGUUAAAGGUGCAGCUGGGAUGGACUCAGAUGUCCUAAGUAGCUAUGUGUCAAAGCUAGAAAUGGGGCUCCAAAAGAUCAAGCUAGUAUUGCAACUUGAAACACCAGAUAUGCAAGGGAAAUUCUUCGAGUCAAUGAAGAAGUUUCUUAAGGAAUCCGAAGAACAAAUUGCACGAGUCAAGGCUCACGAAAGGAGAGCAUUGGCUCAUGUCAGAGAAGUGACUCAAUACUUCCACGGUGACACAGCAAAGGAAGAAGCACACCCAUUCAGAAUCUUUCUAAUCGUGAGAGACUUCCUCGCCGUACUGGACAAUGUGUGCAAGGAAGUUGGAACAAUGGAAAGCAGAAGUGUAAUGGGAACGGCUAGAUCAUUCCGAAUAUCAGCAUAUGCAACAGCACCAGUCCCCACAAAGUAUAAUGUUCGACGAGAUGACAGUUCAGGAGACGAAAGCAUGUCCUCAUGAUACAAGAGAACAAUGCCUCCACACAACCACAGGUUGUAUAUGAGUCAGAUAAUCAAAAUGGAAUAUAAAAACGAGGCAACCAUGCCCAACAAGUCAUUCAUAUAUUUCCAUUUGAGAGGCAAGCAACGGUAUACAACAAAAAAAAA